AUGUUCCAACCAGGAAACAGUAAGACGACAGUAUUGUGCAGAGUAUUGUUUGGUGGCUCCCAAGAUGAGGACUCCCUGGGCUCCAGUGCUUUUAAAAAUGGGCACGACUCACAAUGCCAGAAAGACAAGCUGCCACCAGAGAGGCCUAGUGAAACUCCUCAGUUAAGAGGAAGCAUCAAGCCUGCAAAGUGUCUUCCCGCUGAUGCAGGACAGAGGAAAGACUGUUGUCCUAAGUGUGGAAGAACCUUCUGUCAUAAAUCUGCCCUCAAUGCACACCUGAGGAUUCACACAGGAGAGAAACCGUAUCUGUGCCAGGAAUGUGGGAAAACCUUCAAUCAGAGUUCAGCCCUGACCCAACAUCAGAGAAUCCACACCGGUGAAAAACCCUAUGCCUGCCCCCACUGUGAGAAAAGAUUCAGCCAAAGCUCAGCUCUGACUCAGCAUCAGAGAAUCCACACCGGCGAGAGAGCCUACACGUGUCUUGACUGCGGGAAGAGCUUCAUUUACCAAUCAGCUCUGAUUCGGCAUCGGAGAAUCCACACAGGAGAAAAAUGCUACAAGUGCCCUGACUGUGGAAAAGGCUUCAACCAGAGUUCCAACCUUAUUACACACCGGAAGAUUCAUAACGUUAAUGGGACACUUUGUGGGAGAGAGAAGAAGAAACCUCAGCAAGAAUGCUCUGAGCCACUGGAACCACAUGGAAAAGUUUGUAGGACAUCGCAACAGAUCAGUCUUCAACUAGAAAAAGAUCAUCAUCAGAUUCAGGGAAAUCCUUCAGAGCAAGUUCAGGAUCCACCUGUUCCUUGUGCUGGAAGUUUCAUAUCUCAGAAGAACACCUCGAUAAAAACAGGAGUCCCUAGGGUUAAAAGGCCACUUAUAUGUCUUGACUGUGGAAAGACCUUCAGAUACAGCUCCCACUUAGUUAACCACCUGAGAAUCCACACAGGAGAGAAACCCUAUCAUUGCACAGACUGUGGGAAGAACUUCAUUCAGAGUUCAGCCCUCCGCAGACACCAGCGGAGCCACACAGGUGACAGACCCUAUCAAUGUUCCGACUGUGGGAAAAGCUUUAGUCGGAAUUCGCACCUUGCAAAACACCGAGGGAUCCACACGGGAUUGAAGCCUCACGAAUGUCUUGACUGCGGGAAGAAAUUUAGUGUCAAAAUGAACCUCGUGAUUCACCAGCGUAUCCAUACAGGGGAGAAGCCAUAUAGGUGUUUGGAGUGUGGGAAAUGCUUUAGUCAGCGGCCCCAUUUUAUUAUCCACCAAAGAAUCCACACAGGAGAGAAACCUUAUGAAUGCCCUGACUGUGGGAAAAGCUUUCGUGUGAGUUCACACCUUGUCACACAUCAAAAAAUCCACUUGGAGAAGGCUUCUUUUAUAUGCCCUGAUUGUGGGAAAAGCUUUAAUGGUAGCAAAGAGUUUGUUAAACAUAAGAGGUUCCACACCACUGGAGAAAUCCAUCCGCUGUCCAUUGCAGGAGUAACCAUUAAGAGUGAACUAUCCCCUCCUUAUUCUCUUGAUCCAGAAUGCAGUAGCUAUAGCCACAACACUGUUAAUGGAGAGGAGAAGGAACCUGAAAGAGAAUUAAUCUUACCACUGUGUGGAACAAUUUGGUGGCUAGAGCAACUGUCAAAGGGAGAUCAGAUGGGUAAGAAAUCCUUAAAAUGCCCCAACCCUGGGGAAACCCUUCUGGGAAGCUCAGAUCUUGUUGAACUCCAGCAGAUCCGUUCAACAGACAAGCGGUAUAAAUGUCUGGAGUGCGAGAAAUGUUUCACAGAUAUUAAGAGGCUCAGUAUUCACCAGAGAAUCCACACAGGCUUGAAACCUUACCAGUGUCCUGAAUGUGGGAAACGGUAUGGUGCCACCUCGACCCUUAGUAGACAUCGGAAAAUCCACUUGAAGGAAAAGCCUUUUCAGUGUCUGGAUUGUGAGAAGAGUUUUGUUUACAAGCCAGACCUCAUCACACACAAACGCGUCCACACAGGGGAGAAGCCGUUUGCCUGUAACAGCUGUGGGAAGAGUUUUAGUCAGCGCUCAAACCUGACUACGCAUCAAAGGAGCCACACAGGAGAGAAGCCGUACAAAUGCCCCAAAUGUGAGCGAAGCUUUAGGGUGAGCUCAUUUCUUACUCAGCAUAUUAGAACCCACACAGGAGAGAAGCCCUACGGUUGUACUGAGUGUGGGAGAAGCUUCACUCAAAAAUCAGCACUCAUUGCUCACCAGAGCUGGCAUGCUCGUAUCAAAAUAAAUCCGAAGUAAUUGGACUGAAACAAAAUAGUAUGAGUUAGAAAGUGUUGGGAUAUAAUUGACUGUAGUAGAGGUUUCGUAGAGCUAAUGAAGUGGGCAGUGACAGAAGAAGAGAAGAGUUUUGCUCCUCUUUCCUGUAUGGAUAUGUGUGCUUUAAAAAAAAUAUUUCUUCCUUAAAAAAAGAACUAUUUUGUUUAGAAGGUUUUGAGGAAGCAUGUUUAAAAUGCAGUUAAUCUUGCUUUUGCUGAGGCCUUUGGAGGGGGUGACGAUUAAUCCUAAUGAUUUUAUCCUGCAAACCAGCAAUUAUCAACCUUUUUUUGCCAUAAUAUGAAAGA